AUGGAACUUAGGGAUUUCAGACCCAUCAGUCUCAUUAGUGGUGUGUACAAGGUCUUUGGUAAGCUGUUGGCAGAGAGAUUAAAGAAAGUGAUAAGCAAAUUAGUGAACAAUCACCAAAUGACCUUCAUUCAAGGAAGACAAAUUAUGGAUGCCGCGUUAAUAACAAGCGAGUGUGUAGACUCAAGGAUUAAAGGAGAGAUCCCAGGAAUAAUGUGCAAGCUUGAUAUAGAAAAGGCAUAUGAUCAUGUCAAUUGGGAGUUUCUACUUAAUAUUCUGAGGCAGAUGGGGUUCUCCAUACUUGUUAAUGGAGGAUCUGCUGGUUUUUUUCCUUUUGAGAGAGGACUACGACAGGGAGAUCCUCUCUCCCCUUUCCUAUUUAUUUUAGCUAUGGAGGAUCUUAACAGUAUGAUUAGAGUGGCCAAUUAUAACGACUGGAUAAAGGGUUUCAACAUUAGUAAUCAGUCAGGGGUCAAUUUGCAAAUAUGUCACCUUUUAUAUGCAAAUGACACACUAAUAUUUUGCAAUCCAAAGGUAGAACAAAUGUUGGCAAGCAUCUUGCAAUGCAAUAUAGAGCACUUACUAACUACUGACCUGGGAAUUCCUUUUGGGAAUAAUCACAAGGAGCUUGAGCUUUGGGAUGGAAUCAUUGAGAAGACAGAGAAGAUGUUGGCUAAUAGGAAGGCAAACUAUCUAUCUCUGGGAGGAAGAGUCACUCUGAUCAAUUUGGUUCUGGAUGCGUUGCCUACAUAUGUUAUGUCACUUUUCCCUUUACCAGCAAAGGUAGAAGAGAGGUUGGAUAAAUUGAGGCGUGAUUUUCUGUGGUCGGGGAACAAAGAAGAUCAGGCAUUAUGGAGAAGAGCAAUUCUCAACAAGUAUGGGCAGACCGAGGAGUGGGUGUCUAAUGUAGUAGAUAGCACGUAUGGGGGUUACUGUCCAGGUGCGGCGCAUGGUUCUCAGCAUUUCUCAAGAGCCCUGGGUGAUGCCAGAACAUACUGCUGA